UAGCCAGAGGUGAUUCCUUGAAUUUUGUUUCCAGGAAUCAUUUCCUGGGUUCGAGCCGGGAGAUAGCCUCUAACUUUGGUAAGGUAGCUUCAAUACUUUAGGUAUUAUCAUAAUGGCUCAGAAGGACAAGGAUGAUAAAGCUGAACGAUGGGAGUCUGCUGACUUCCUAGAGAAGAAAAAGACUAGGCCAGUGUGCAAAGCUGAAACAUUGAAAAAUUCAACAGUUGCUCCUCCACCUAAUUAUUCUCUUCCAUUAAUACAAUCAAACUUGUGUUUACUAAUAUCUGCAAUCGUUGUGGGGGCAUGCAUCUGUACGAUGGAGUUGGAAACACUGAAGGAUCGAUUCGAAGCAUUAAAGCAAUGGCUUAACAUUCCAUCUGUGGUACCAACAAGUAAGUCCAUUCUUGGUCUCGUGCAAUGGCGGGUUGAACCUAAUGAGAACCGGUAUUCUUGAAAGUCAUGCUUACAGUUCCUGUGCUAGAUAACACAUCCUAUUGGCAUGAUCAGAGAUUACUUCAUCAGGUCAUUACCAGAUGAUGUUAGGUUAUUGAAAGAGCCGCCUUCAGAGGAAAAGAGGAGACCGGAAUCACACUUCUAUAGAACCCAUCUCGUUUCCCAACAUGUCAUAUUUGUUAACAUCAACCUUUUGUGUUUUAGCUUAUUUAUCAACCAAACUUCUACCCAACUGGGUUCCGACUCCAUAAACCGGUUAACCUUCCACCCAAUCAUCUGCUCAACUCGGUCAUCUCAAAGUUCCUCAAGGAUGAUUUGGAGGCCAUGCUUGGGACAGAUGGUCAAAACAUGAGCUGGUGAGUGUACAUACUUGUCUGAGAGCCUAAACCUGUGACGCUGCAGAAUCAUGGAGAGUGCAAUCUUUUCCUCGGUGAUGCCAAAGUUGAUCCCAACACAAGUUCGAGGCCCCAACCCAAAUGGAAGAAAUGCUGCAGAUGAGUUGCUGUAUGCAGUACUGGCCUUUGCUAUGCCAUCAGCAAAUCUCUCUGGUUUAAACAGGUGAGCAUCUUCACCCCAUGUUUCUGGAUCAUGAUGAACUGCCAGAUUUGGGAUGUAGACUUCAAUCUCUUUUGGAAGUAUUAGUUUCCCCAAUUUCACUUCCCUCUGGACCUCCCUCGUUAUGUGGAAAACUGGAGGGUAUAGCCUCAGGGACUCAUUGAUCACCAUACUCAGCUAUGCAAAAAAAGAAGCAUGAAUCAGAAUGGUUAAAAUCUGUCAUGGCGACAUCCAAACUACACAUCAAUGAAGUCGAAGAGGAAAAACAGUGUUUGAUAUUCUACUUACAAUUGUUAAUCUGGAAAUGCCAUCAAGAGUUGGAGUUCUGUUGUUGCCAAAUAGUUCAAGAACCUGUUCCAUUGCCUUCUCUUGCCAUUCUGAGUGAAUAGCUAGUAGAAGCACAGUCCAGGUGAGUGAGCUUGCUGUUGUUUCUUGGCCAGCCACAUAAAAGGUCUUGCAUUCAUCAAUCAGAUCAUCCAAUGUUAUGCUACUGUUCUGUCGGGACCAUUAUAGGCCUUGACAAGCAGUCCAAGGAAAUCAGUGGCAGGAGAAGUAAGUUGUUCUUCUUCUUUCCUUUUGUUCAACAUGUUGAUGAUGAUGGCCCUGAUCUCUUGUUGGAGCUUGUCAGAUUCAUUCUCAUCGCUAGUUCUAAAAAUGGUUCAGCA